AGUCUGACACCAAGUUCCGAGCUCUACAGUACGGUGAAAGCAGGAAGUAACAGGUACGAUGCCAGGUGCAGGUGCAGCCGGGACGGACGUCCAACCGGAGGCCGUACCGACCGGGGACGAACUGGGAAAGGCCCUUCUGGAGGCGUUCGCCCCGCUGCUGAAAGAGACCGUCAUCCCUGGCAACAUCAUCGUCCACCUUAUGGGUUACUUUGACAACGGUUUAGCGUUUGUCAGAACCGUCAUUGCUGACGAGCAAAACAAGGGAUCAGCUGAGGCAAUGCAGACACUGCUGGUGAAACUACAGACGUGUGAACAGCCGGGAUGGUUUCAAGCUUUCCUGAAUGCACUAGCCAACUCAGGGUACGGUUACAUUAAGAACAUCAUUGAGGGUCGAGAGAUCCAGGACAUGACUGGUUUCAAGCGCCUCCUACAGCUGUGGGCGCCGCAACUGCAGGUGGUCGUCGCCAUGGAGAUGCUGCCUCACCUUCCCUGUCUGUCGGAUCAGGACAAGGAACAAAUUGAAGCCGACAACCGUAGCCAUGGAAACACACGAGCCCUGAUCACCCUCAUAGACCGUGUGACGCGAUGCGGACCCGGCUGGUACACACAGUUCCUGGAGGGGCUGAGGAGGAGCAAGCAUCAAGAUCUUGCAACUGAGCUGGGAGACAUAAAGAGAGAAGAGGACGUUGUCCCGGAUCUGGACAUCCAUCCUGGCGACAAGGAUGGCAGAGAGAAGGACGACGAGCAUAAGAAGGGCGCCGGAUCAGAUUCAACAGGCUCAGCAGACUCAGAUUCAGAAGACCAUACAUGUGUCAUCUCUGUGGAAGCACCGACCACUAAUGGACUGGACGCAUCUAACGGGGAACAACCGUUAGCAGUGGCCCUACAAAACCUCUGCACUGACGAUGUUGCUGAGAAACAGGAGGAUGAAGGAUGCGAAAAGAUGACGCCUCUACAAGCCGCCAAACCGCCUCUCGAACAAAGUGAACUGAAGGACAUCCCCAUGCGAGGCUACCAGAUGGAGCUGGCAGAGCAGGCACUACAAGGCCGGAACACCAUCAUCUGUGCACCUACCGGUAGUGGCAAGACUCGCGUGGCCAUCAAAAUUACUCGGGAUCAUCUAGAAGGUGGUGCCGCCUUCGUGGCAGCAGGUGUGGAUGCACGGCGGCGUGUGGUGUUCCUGGUCAACAAGGUGCCUCUAGUGGAACAGCAGUACAAAGCAUUCAGCGAAUACCUGAGUCCCAAGUACGACAUUUUGCCUCUGAGUGGUGAAACUGCCGCCGACAUCCCGGUUGGGGAGACACUCCCAGAUUACGACGUCAUCAUCCUGACGGCACAGGUUCUGGAGAACGCACUGAGAGACGAGCUGAUCUCCCUGGACACGUUCUCCAUGCUGAUCUUUGACGAGUGUCACCACUGCCAGAAAAACGAUCCGUACAACGCCAUCAUGACCAGGUACAUCAAGCAGAAGGUGGAGAUGAAGAGCAGCAUCAGUCUGCCACAGAUCAUCGGCCUGACUGCUUCUCUGGGUGUGGGGAAGGCAAAGGGCCAGAAAGAAGCUGUGGAACAUAUCCUGGGGGCGUGCGCUAACCUGGACGCAGCGUGGAUUUCUCAGGUUGUGGAGCACAAAGACGAACUGCGGAAAUACAACCAGAAACCAGACGAAGAAGUGAAGCCUGUGAGUGGACGAAGUGAAGACCCGUUUGCAGAUAUGAUAAACAUGAUCAUGGAGGACAUUGAGGGAACUCUGGCAAUAGAGGCUUCAGAGCAUCUGACCACAGCAGAGCUGAAGCCACCGCGGCAAAGAGAGAAGCAGGCGUAUGAACAGUGGGUGGUGACCCUAGCUAGGAAGGGUGCAAUACUCAAGAAUAAGAGAGUCAGCCGAGCCAUUCAUGCUGCUACAACACACCUCAGAAAGUACUUUGAUGCCCUCGCCAUCAACGCUGACGCCAGAACCAAAGAUGCUCUGCAGUACCUGGAUAAGUUCGUGACGGGUUUGCAAGAGGCUGGGUUUGACGAAACUGAUGAAGAUCUGGUGAAGCACUUCACAGAGGCAAAAGAGAGGCUUCAGGAAUAUGCUGCAGAUGAGAAGUACUCCAACCCGAAGCUGGACCAGCUGAAGUACAUGAUCCUCCAGGCGUACGCAGAGAAGCCCGACUCCCGCUGCCUGCUGUUCUGUAAGACCCGAGCUCUCACCAUCGCCCUGCUCACGUGGAUGCAGGAGGACCAGGCCCUCCGCAAGCUCAACCCGGGAAGACUCGUGGGCGCUGGGGCCAGUGAGAGUACAGGAGGUAUGACCCAAAACCAGCAGGUGGAGCUGUUGGAAAUGUUCACCACCGGAGGCAACAAGAUUGUCAUCUCCACCUCUGUGGCAGAGGAAGGCAUAGACAUCGCCAAGUGCAACUUCGUGUUCCGCUAUGACUAUGUGGGCAAUGAGAUAGGCAAAGUGCAGACCAGAGGACGUGGUCGCGCGGAGGGCAGUAAGUCCGUACUGAUUGCUGGAAGGGAAGGCGGAAAUGUCCUGAAGGAGAAGUUGAACACCAUUCGUGAAAAGCUGAUGGAGAAGGCCAUGCUGCAGGUGUGGCACAUGCAGAGGGAGAAACAUACAGACUUCAUGAAGGAGGUCCAACGUCUGCAAGAAGAGUCUAAGAAGGAGAGAGAUCUCGCGCAAGCGCUGAAGGAAUUGCACAGGAAAACUAAGAAAAUCCAUGGAAUGGGCAUGAAGCUCCUCUGUGUGAAAUGCAAGGAGUUUGCCUGCAAUGUCAGCGAUUUCCGCAAGAUCAAGGAGAACCAUCACGUAGUGGUGGACAAAGUCUUCCCCCAGCGGAUCAUCAUCAGACCACACCCACCCAAGAAGAUUGACGACUGGGAAAUGAAUGGAAAAGUGUACUGCAGGAACUGCAGACAAGACUGGGGAAUACAGAUGGUGUACAGACAGGCCAGCUUCCCCACUCUGAAGAUCGAGUCUUUCGUCCUGGAGAAACCGGACGGAUCGAGGCUGACCUGCCGGAAGUGGAAAAACGCACCCUUUGACGUCGAGGACAUCACCCCUGACGACAUUUCCGGGAUGCUGGGGACGCCGGAAGAGGAGGAUGCAUAUUAGAAUUGUUGUACCCCUUAUGGAACUUUAACUAUAGCUGUACUAUACCCACACCCAGUUCCCAGUCUGCAGAGUGAGGAUGUCAGUGUUCACCAGCUUAAAUACGAAUUCCAGAAUCGCUAUGAAUUCAGAUGCUAUGAAGGUUACAGUAAUAAGUCACAGGUAAUAUGCAAUAAUAAUAAU